ACUGCCCCCGCGUGCACAGUCGUGCCGCACUCGCCAUCGCGGAGGGCGCGCAGAGUCAGUCGCUCACCCUUCGUCGCGUCAUGAGUCGCCGUUCACCCCGACGAAGGACGAUCACAGUCGCGGUACCGCAUUAUACCAUCAUCAACAAGUGACCCGCAGGAAAUAGCAUCAGCCGAUCGGAAAGGAAGAACAAGAAAGUGCGCGCGACGAGAUCAUGCUGCCAAUAGCGCUACCGAGAUCGUGGUGGUGCAAGCACCGGUGCGGCUUCUCGCUGAUCAAGAGGAGAUCGUUCAUACGGAAAAAGAGAUGCUGUCGCGACGCUCGGAGUAAUCGCGACUACUAAAUCGUCACACCUCGCCGGUUCUUGUUUCCUCUGAAAUUGUAAUCUAUAUUAUACGCAUUGCUGCAUCGUUUUACAGGAGAAAUCGAUGAUCGUUAUUUGAUAUUUUUAAUCGCGCCAACAGAGUUUUCGCGCAUAGUAUUUGAAUAUUGUUACAUGCUAUCGGUGUAAAUUUAUUAGCAAAUCGUGUCGCAAGGCUGAAGAAAGUAUUACACGCGCGGAUGAUGUUUCCUACGGUGGUGGCCAGUGAUCGUUGAGCGAGAAGUGUUUGAAAAAUUGUUGUUGUUAUAAUACAGAGCGGCGCAAGAAUUGAGAUUUAGAUUAUUGUAGACCAUGCCUCGCCUCAGGAUAGCCGGUCUCUGGUGGCACUGGCGCACCGCGUGAUAGCGCCGACGAAUCCUGCUGGACAUGUGGCAGGGCUGGCCCUGCAGCAGCAACAGCAGCGACAGGUUCGUUGUCCAGGAUGACGGAGCUCGGUUGGUCAGCGAACUCGAGCGUCUCGCAGGCGAUACUGCUGACGGCGAACCUGACCUCGACGGCAUUGCAGCAGCAGCCGCCGAUCGGUUGCUACGAGGACGAGCUCAUGGAGGAGGAGCUGGACUUCGACCAGGUGCUCGUCCAGAGUAUCGUCCAGGUAGUCGUGCCGAUUUUCUUCGGCCUGAUCGGCAUCCUCGGCUUGCUCGGCAAUUCGCUCGUCGUCAUCGUCGUCGCGGCGAAUCCCGGCAUGCGCUCCACCACCAACAUACUCAUCAUCAACUUAGCCGUCGCCGAUCUGCUCUUCGUCCUCUUCUGCAUACCCUUCACCGCAACCGAUUUCGUCCUACCCUACUGGCCGUUCGGCAACGCCUGGUGCAAGGUCGUGCAGUACCUUAUCAUCGUCACCGCCUGCGCCAGCGUCUACACCCUCGUGCUCAUGAGCCUCGAUAGGUACCUGGCGGUGGUGCACCCGAUAGCGUCGAUGUCGGUGCGGACGGAGAGCCACGCGUUCAUCGCCAUCUGGAUCGUCUGGAUAGUGAUACUGACUUCCUCCAUACCUGUACUCAUUAUUCACGGCGAGUGGGACGAGAACCAGAUGCUUAACCGCAGCGAGGCCUGUGCACUACACCUAGGUAUCGUCGAGCAGCAUCGCCAACAGCUCCAGCAGCACGAAUCUAAGAACGAGGAACCACCGCUGGAGCUGACGCCUCAGAUAGCCUGUCGAAUCCUGCCCGACGCCAACUGGCCGCUGUUCCAGGUCUCGUUCUUCCUGGCGAGCUACGUCGUCCCGCUGACCCUCAUCUGCGGCCUUUACGUCUGCAUGCUGCUGAGGCUGUGGAAAGGCGCGAGAGUCAGCGCCGAGAGCCGUCGGGGCAGGAAGAGAGUCACCCGACUCGUCCUCGUCGUCGUCGGCGUUUUCGCCGUUUCCUGGUGUCCUAUUCAGGUGAUCCUAGUGAUCAAGUCGCUGGACAUGUACCCGCUGUCCUCGGCGACGAUAGCUCUACAGAUAGCCAGCCACGUGCUGGCCUACACCAACAGCUGCGUCAAUCCGAUACUGUACGCCUUUCUGAGCGACAACUUCCGCAAAGCCUUCCGCAAGAUCAUCUACUGCAGAUCCAGGCAAGACCAGCACAAUCGGCUUGGCCCGCUUACCAAGACCACCAGAGCCGGCAGCUCAGGCGACAUAUUGUAGCUUGGGAAUUAAAACGGAGUUUCGCCCCCCUGAUCUACGGAAAACUGAUGCCGAGCUGGCUUACGGAGAUAAUUAUACGCUGUCGAGAUGCAGCGCGGUGCAGGAAUCGGGUUGGCUAAUUGUUCCUCCAUUGACGACGCGGGAGUGAAAAUUACUCGUCAUUGCACAGAUGGAGAAGUGAAUUGAUGAUUGUUCGAGAUGAUCACGUUGAAUAGAGGCGAGAGAUUCAUUCUCUGAAUAUACUUUUCGACAUAGCUUGUUCGACAUUUCCUGUUUUUUGUCAAAUACAACACUCGAAUAAUUGAUAAUUAAACAUGAAUGGUUUAUACGGAUCAACUGCUGUAAUUGCACUUUUACGAGAAAUGAUCAACGCAUGCGCGUGAGUUCUUUUACAAAGAAAUUGAUAUGAAACUGACUUUUCACGUGUUUCCACGAAGUCUGUAAUAAAGUGAAUUCUGCGAAAGUAAGUUCACGCUUGAAGCACGCUUAUGAAGGCGAAUAAAAUUGGCAUCUAGAUCAUAUGAAUUGUUUGCUCAAAAACAGCGGGUUUUUUUAGCUAGGUUUUGCUUCAUGUAAUUCGUGAAAAGUAUAACUAUAAAUCAAAUUUAUACUUGCUUCGUGGAAUUCGCGUGUUCAUGUAUUUUCAGCAAACAUACAGUUGCGAAAUAAAAUUCACACUUUUUUAUUUAUUUAUUUGGAAUUCCUCUGUGUAAUAUGAGAUUAUAUUAUUUAUGCACAAAAAGUACAUCGUAUAUAAUCAUAAGAUACAGAAUAAAAUAAUUAUUUCAAAAAA